UUGGGGCGUUCAAGGUCAUCUGUCGGCCUACUUUUCUGCAAUGAGGUCGUUGUCGGCCAACCGAGUUAUUUUUAAGAAUUUUGAGCGUCUAGUUAACCGGUUCCAACUAUCUGUCAGUGCAUACUCCGCUUUCCAAAGGACAAAACCGAUAAGAUUUGGUAUGUCGUGACGUUAUCCAACUCUAUGCCUUAUGCCCUUAAUAGUAAUUGUCGGUUCCCGGUCAUCGAAGCUACAAUGGCCUGAUCCGACACUUGGACCCAUAGAUUCUGUGAACCCGAAUUACCCCUUACCCGGUGGUAUUGGGUUCCAGGGUCACAAAAGUGAUGUGAAGCAACAGCCGAAGCCAUUCAUACCAGCAACAUUGACCUUACCGCCUGCUCGAGAAGAGAACUAUGCAAGUGCUCUGAUUGAAACAUACAAUUCGACCGAGUUGAACGAUGGGAAUGUUUCGCUGAUCCCUCAAAAGUCUGAAAAUCUCGAAUGCACUAUUCAUACCUGCCCAACCCUAAUCAAACAAGGUUAUUUACGGUUACUUGAUUGUUUGGAUUUCCUCAGAUUUGGCCGCAAUUUUCCCGUCAAGGAGAUUUGAAACAUCCCAGUUGACUGCUAUCGUUCUCAGCCAUCGCACAACCGAAGGCCUUAAUGAGUGGAGUGAGCUAGCUGCUAACGAAAGGGAAGCAAUCGCGGAAACCGUAGGCCAUUUUAUCUUCCGCUCAUUUUCCACUUUAUUACAGUUCACCAGAUCCGCCAUCGAUAUCUGCGCUUCUUUGAAGGAGUUGGGCUACUGGGCGGAUUUCAUAAAUCCCUACACGGGAACGCCUUACUUGGGUGCACAUGGAGAAGCCGUUCUCUCGGAAACCGAUGAAAAAAUGAAGCACUUUGGUUUUGAAAUCGAUGAUGUCAGUUGCUGCAAAGUGCUUCGACAUCCACGCUGGAAACACAAUGUAUUUGCAGGCCUUAUUUUCACGGAUGCUCCGAAAGACCAUCCAGUUUUAGCUCACUUUUAGAUCCCCUCAUUUUGAUGCCUGUAACAGAUGGAAAUUCUGAUUCUUUUGGAUUAUCGUACCGCAGUCUGCUCAAUAUAUGAUUUGACUUAUGUGGUUCAGACUUCUGAUUUUGGCAAAGAAAGAGCCGUUCAAUAAACACCCUUUGGUUAUCUUCCAGGAUUUUUUCGGAAUAGAGAAAGAUCAAGAGGAGCAAGAAGUACAAUACCGCAAAGCUAGGGAGUUAACUUCACAAGAAAGUAGGCGUUCGUUACGUUUACUGGUGAUCUUUUUAAGAUACUAUCGAUCAACAGUACUUCGGAAAUGUGGAUGAGAGAAUAUGUGUCCAGCAACCUGUGCGACCAUUCGACAAGUUUGGUGAACCCUCUGAGUCAUUGAGUGAUAAGGAUUUGGAAGAAAUUGAUCAACAGUAUUUUGGUUCAUCCGCAAAAAUCGCCUCAGGACCGUAUUCCCCAAGCUCACUGUCAGUGGCUUCAGAUCUCCAUGAUGUCGAAGACUUUAUUGAUCGGAGCUACUUCGGAGUCCCAGAAGGCAAUGACCCUUUGCCCAACGUCGCUAAAACAUUACCCUCGAAUCGAUCCCGUAAACAAACUUUUCCCAAGGAGAAAUCCUCACCUUUGCAGUCAGGCAACAGUUGUGAUAUCGAAGAGGGUGAGAAUGAGGAUUCCGUCCGAAUCUCGGAUGUGGUUAGAGAUGUUCGUGAAAGAACACGCGUCAAUUUGUGUACAGCACCCAACCUUGAACUUCCCUUCACAAAGGAAAAGAAAGAUUUCAAGGAUCGACCAGUUGACGGCAAAAACUCUCUACUACUGCGACAAAAGGACUCAAUUAACUUCAGCCAACUCACAGAAGAUGAAGCAGCCUCUGUACUUGCAAAAUCCGUAAUUGAGGUUCGAGAAAAUAUCAUUGUCUUGAACAAACCUUACGGCAUAGGUGCACAGCCUGGACCAGGUCUCAAAAACAGCAUAAUAGAUCUAUUGCCUCGUUUGGAGCAUCGAGUGCGAAAGCUUGAAGGAAGGCCGGAACCCUCCGACGACAAUAUUGAAGAAUUUCUUCUGGCGCAUAGGCUGGACAAAGAAUGCACUGGUGUAAUGCUGGUCGCACGGAAUAGGGACGCUUGUUUGAAAUUACAAGAGGCUUUUGCACGUCAUUGGUUCGAAAAGAAUUACUUGUGCAUCACCUCUGGCAUUCCGAAGACCGCCAAAGGAGUCAUCCAGUUGCCCCUGGUUGAAAAGAACUUCAAUGGAGUUUACAAAAUGUGUGUACUCCCGUUAAAUCGCCAUGUGCAAAGUGAAUCUCGCGAUGCAUUACGAUCUGAUCUGUCAGAUGAAGCAGACGCAGCUCAGCUGAAAAUGGACCUUGAGUCAGACGUUGGUGAAGCUGGUCAUCCAAGCACACACUACGAAAUGUUGGAUCGAAAGAAUGCAGCCGCGUUGCUGAUAUGCUCUGCAACACAAGAGUCCCUUCCAAACGCUCCACCAUCAGAUGUGAACUCAUACUGGGACGAGAUUGCCACCUCUUUGCAUAGUGCUGAAAAUUUUGCUUGUGGCACGACCCAACCAGGCGAACUCAAGCACUCGAUAUCAGACCGAACGGCGGCACUACUUAAAUCUCGAAGAAAUAUCCCAGCCGGUCCCGAACAUAACCCGGUGCGAAGAGCUAUCAGACGCCAAGUGAAAAUGAGCUUUCGAUCCGACCGUGAAAAAGCCGGCAAUGCCCGGAGAUUAUUUCAGUUGAUCCGUGCGACCGGUCCCCGGAAACCACCUGUGAGUGAAACUAUCAAACACCAGAAUGGAACGACCAUCUCGAACAAAGCAGAACGCCUCGACCGAUGGGCUGUAUACUUCGAACAACAAAUGUCAACCCUGGACGGUGAACGUGGAACCACCUACGGCCUCGACUGCAUAUGUUCUCUCAAGCGCCACCGAGCUCCCGGUCCGGAUGACCUUCCACCCGCACUGUUCAAAGACGGGGGUGAAGUCCUCAGUCAGCGCUUGUCCGAUCUGUUUGCUUGCAUUUGGGAAAAGGAGUCUGUCCCAGACAACUGGGCAGAAUCGGUGAUAGUGCCCAUUUUCAAAAAAGGGGCGCGUAGCCGGCCGCAAUCACCGAUCGGCCACAUUGCCAUCAGUUACCGAUGGGGCGGGUCCACAAAUGACUGCCGGUCGUUUUGGACCACAUUUGUGGACUCUGACCACGCGCUCGUCAGGAGUCGCUUCGCCCUGCGUUUGCCGGGGUCGCGUAAGGUGCGGACAAAUCGCCUGGAAACUAAAAGACUGGCAGAUCCGGAUGUCAGACGAACUUACAAGAAUCAUCUUCUUGAGUCUCUUCCAAGUGCUCCACCAUCAGAUGUGAACUCACACUGGGACGAGGUUGCCACCUCUUUGCAUAGUGCUGGUAAUUUUGCCUGUGGCACGACCCAUCCAGGCGCACUCAAGCACUGGAUAUCAGACCGGACGUUGGCACUACUUAAAUCUCGAAGAAACAUCCCAACCGGUCCCGAACAUAACCCGAUGCGAGGAGCCAUCAGACGUCAAGUGAAAAAAGCCGAAGGAAUGGAAGAGGCCCAGAAAGCCUGUAAUGCCCGGAGAUUAUUUCAGUUGAUCCGUGCGACGUGUCUCCGGAAACCACCUGUGAAACUAUCAAACACCAGAAUGGAACGACCAUCUCGAACAAAGAAGAACGGCUCCACCGGUGGGCCGAAUACUUCGAACAACAAAUGUCUUGGCCACCAGCCGGCACUCAUCUGGAGCCCACAGGUGAAGUAG